CGGUGCGCCGCUUGAGCACGGAGAGCAGCACCGAUUAUCAUCAUCAUCAUCAUCAUCAUCAUCAUCAUCAGCAGCAGCAGCUCUGCUCUUGUUUUAAUACCAAAGCGUCAUUCCAGGAUCUCCAUCCUCACGGUGUUUCCGCCAUGGACGAGAUGGAGGAAGAGUUAAAAUGCCCCGUUUGCGGCUCCUUUUACCGGGAGCCCAUCAUACUGCCUUGCUCCCACAACAUUUGCCUGGCGUGUGCGCGGAAUAUUCUUGUGCAGACCCCCGAAGCGGAGUCCCCGCAGAGCAGCCGAGCCUCCGGGUCCGGCGUCUCGGACUACGACUACUUGGAUUUGGAUAAAAUGAGUUUGUACAGCGAGGCGGACAGCGGGUACGGGUCCUACGGGGGGUUCGUCAGCGCUCCGACCACCCCCUGUCAGAAAUCGCCAAACGGAGUCCGGGUUUUCCCCCCGGCCGUCCCGCAGCCCGGUCCGCAGCAGCACCUCCUGCCGCAUCCGGCCUCCUUGCCCCCGAUCCCCCGCAACUCCUGUAUCACCUGUCCGCAGUGUCACCGCAGCCUGAUCCUGGACGACCGGGGGCUCCGGGGCUUCCCCAAGAACCGGGUGCUGGAAGGGGUGGUGGACCGGUACCAGCAGAGCAAGGCGGCCGCGCUCAAGUGCCAGCUGUGCGAGAAGAGUCCGAAAGAGGCCACGGUGAUGUGCGAGCAGUGCGACGUGUUCUACUGCGACCCGUGCCGCCUGCGGUGCCACCCGCCCCGCGGUCCCCUCGCCAAGCAUCGCCUGGUUCCUCCCGCGCAGGGCCGUAUCAGUCGCCGCGCGAGCCCGCGCAAGAUCUCCACCUGCACGGAGCACGAGCUGGAGAACCUGAGCAUGUACUGCGUGCAGUGCAAGAUGCCCGUGUGUUACCAGUGUUUGGAAGAGGGGAAGCACGGCACGCACGAAGUCAAGGCUCUGGGCGCGAUGUGGAAACUGCACAAGGGUCAGCUGUCCCAAGCCUUAAACGGUCUGUCAGACAGAGCCACCGAAGCAAAAGAGUUCCUGGUUCAGCUGAGAAACAUGGUGCAGCACAUCCAGGAAAACGGCGUGGAGUUUGAGGCCUGUUUGGUGGCGCAGUGCGAUGCGCUGAUCGACGCCUUGAACCGGCGCAAAGCCCAGCUGCUGGCCCAAGUGAACAAGGAGCAUGAACACAAGCUUAAGGUGGUUCGGGAUCAGAUCUCCCAUUGCACGGUGAAGCUGCGUCAGACAACAGGAUUGAUGGAGUACUGCCUGGAAGUCAUCAAGGAGAACGACCCCAGUGGCUUCCUGCAGAUCUCGGACGCUUUGAUCCGGAGGGUCCACAUGACCGAGAGCCAGUGGGGGAAGGGAACCCUGACCCCGAGGAUGACCAGUGACUUUGACCUCACCCUGGACAGCGGGCCCCUCCUGCAAACCAUCCACCAGCUGGACUUUGUGCAGAUGAAAGUCCCAGCUGCUCCCAUCCUCCAGCUCGAAGAAUGCUGUACCCAGAACAACAGCGCCACGUUGUCAUGGAAACAGCCGCCGCUCUCCACCAUCGCCGUCGAGGGCUACAUCCUGGAGCUGGACGACGGAAACGGAGGGCCGUUCAGGGAGGUGUACGUGGGGACAGAAACCAUCUGCACGGUGGACGGGCUCCACUUCAACAGCACGUACAAGUCCAGAGUGAAGGCGUUCAAUUCCAGCGGCGUGGGCCAGUACAGCAAGACGCUGAUCAUGCAGACCUCUGAAACUGGACUCCCUCCAUGCGAUAUUCAGUCUAUAGGCACAGUUGCCUGGUUCACCUUUGACCCGGCGUCCGCUCACCCCGACAUCGUCUUCUCCAACGACAACCUGACGGUGUCGUGCAACAGCUACGACGACCGGGUGGUCCUAGGCAGCGCCGCCUUCUCCCGCGGCGUCCAUUACUGGGAAAUGACGGUGGACCGCUACGACAACCACCCCGACCCGGCCUUCGGCAUCUCCCGCGCCGACGUCCUGAAGGACGUGAUGCUGGGGAAGGACGACAAGGCCUGGGCCAUGUACGUGGACAACAACCGCUCCUGGUUCAUGCACAACAACUCUCACACCAACAGGACGGACGGCGGCGUCGCUAAAGGAUCGACGAUAGGAGUGUUGCUGGACUUCACACGCGGGAUCCUCAUCUUCCUCAUCAACGAUGAGCAGCAGGGUCCGGUUGCCUUCGAGAGCUUGGAAGGCGCUUAUUACCCCGCCAUCAGCCUCAACCGUAACGUCCAGGUCACUCUUCACACUGGGCUACCCAUCCCUGACUUUUACACGCCCGGGGAGGCAGACCCAACGAGCUCCGUGUGCUGAAGACCGCAGCGAAACCUCUGCAGGAUUUGCCCCUUCCCCGUCCCGUCGUAGGUCAAUACCUCUGACCCCGCCCUCUCCCUCCUGAUCUCGACUCUCCGUCUGUCGCCCCGACCUAAUGAUCCCCAUGACACUCCGUCGGAGGCCUCAUGACGGCCUGAAGCCAUGCCUUUUUCAUGCCUAAGCUUUGGACACGGCCGUGUGCAGGACAGCGCAUAUGGUGCCUAUGACUCGUAUUCUUAUGGAAGACGAGACGUUUCACCGCGACAUCCAGAGGAGACGGCGUAAGAUCAGUAACGAAAGCGCUGAGCUGAAGGAGUGUUUUUACAUUUCUCAAUGUCUUGACUCGCAUUGAGUCAAGACUGGGCAUGGGCUGGUGUGAAACUCUCAAGGAACAUGUAAAACAGAUGCUUUCUUUUCUUGUUCCUAUCACUUUGCAGAUUUAUAUUUCAGGAUUUUUAGACAUGCAUCAAAUCCAAUUCAAAUUCAAAUGAAAAAAUACUCUAUUGCUCCCAAAGUGUUGUAACUCAAAUUAUUCGAGUUAAUAUUAAGAUUGUUAUGGAUUAUUACUGAGGUUUUUCCUUCAUUUUUCCAGCUACUUGCCACCAAAGUUUAGUCUCAGACUUUUCUGCUACUUUAGAAACUUAGAAGUCAAAGUUGGUUCUGUCUAAAUAGAAAAGCAUCUGUCAAGAUAAUCAGGAUUUGCUGUGAAAUCAAAUCUUGUUUGAUGUAUGGGGACAAAGAACCUUACAGAAUAUAGAAUAUACUGAUGAAGAAACACGAAAAGAGUCUAAUAUCACAACAUUCCCUAAAUUUUGUAAUAUUAGUUUCCAAGAGAAACAAGCAGCCGGUUCAGUUGUCAGGCUCUCUGCUCAUGUAGCAGCCACCUGCUCAACAGAAAAGCAAGCAGUCUUACUUCCAUAAGAAGGAUGAGUGCCUCCCCUUUACUGCCCAUGCCAUAAUUAGCUAAUUAUUUUCCAAAGAGCUGCUUUUUGAAACCUUGGGAUUUCUUGUUACUGGUAACCAGCCCAUGCCUACAGUCAAGAGUUGGGCUACCUUCACAUUGCAGGUAUAAAUGCUCAGUUCAGAGGGUCAGGGUUUUUUUCUUCAUGCUAUGAUUAAGAACGGUCUGCGGCAUGCGCAGAAGAAGACUUGAUGUCGCAAGCAGCCUGUCGUGUUUGCACAAGCUGGGAAUGUCGUCACACGUCAGUUCUGAGGCGGUGCGAUCCAAGCUGCCAGAAAUGACGAGUCGCUCCGUCGACAGCGUCUGCCGUGCUUCUUUUUUUUUUCCUACUGUUCACAUUCGGUCGUGCCGCUUUCCGCCUCAUUCUGGUACAACUGUACCACGUUUCUGUGACUUUUCGAUGCGAAAAGUCAAACCGAGAUCACUUUCAGGAACAUCAUCCCGUUUGGGACGAGUCACGUUGGAAAUCGGGACUUGUGCUGUACAGACUGUGGCCCUUCUUACGUAAAGAUGGAGAUACUUUUACGAUUUUGGGCCGCAUUUGAAAGUGAAAUCGGAUUUUUGCCGCUCAGCUUCAUCUUAAGAAAAAAAAAGUCAGAUGGGGUCAGGCCUUUGUCUGCAGUGUGAACGCAGCUCAGAUCACAAGAAACAAACGCUUGGCAGAAUGUCCAACUCUUUUCUUAAAUGAAGGAGUACUUUUUAUUUUUAUUUUUAUGAAUUCAUUAGACAAAGAAAAUAUUGUAUUAACCUUUUCUUUUUUCUUACAACUCAAUAUAUUGCGUUCUUCAUGCGUAUGCCUCUUUGUCAGGUUUCCGACUUGAAGUCUUGUUGUGGAUUCAAAACUCUGAGUCGAGAAUGAGGAGUCAUAUUUUGUGACUGUGUGUAUGUGUGUGUGUGGGUGUGUGUGUGUGUGUGUGUGUGUGUGUGUGUGUGUAGCUGCCUGCCAUGACCCUUGGACCAGAGUUCAGCUCCCAGCCAUAUCAGUGUCAUUAUACCUUCGUCUGUGUAAGUAGGAAGCUUUUCUCAGUGGCUUAGCCAAGUGAAACUUCUGUGUUGUUUUUUUUUUCUUUUUUUUUUUUGAAAUACUGUAUUUACAGCAUCGAGCUUUAGGAUGCAACAGGAAGGAAGACAUUUUUAUUUCUUCUGCAGUGGAGCUUUCAAAACUGUUGGUUGAAUCCAUCUCAAAGGUUUUAAACGACUGUAAAGACGUUACUAUAAGGUGCUAAAGCAGUUCACAUAGUUUGGGCUUUUUCUUUUUCUUUCUUUUUUUUUACUGUGAAUGACUGAAUUCUGGUAGUUUUUGUAAUAUUGUUAUUGAAAUGACUUAUAGCGAAGAGGUGUAAAGUUAAGUAAGUUAUUGGUGUUAAGAGAUUUUUAGUGAGAAUUUAUCCUCGUUCUCUUUUGUACAGUUACAACCGAGGGGACGAAACGGCGCUUCUCUGCUUUAAGCGUUUCAUUAGACGUCGGGGUUUUUUUGGAGGGGAAAUUGGAGGCUUUUCAGUUUACAAAAGCAACAAGACAGGAGACACUGGAAUGUUUUUUUUUUGUUUGUUUGUUUGGGUUUUUUUUAUGGCCAACAUUCUUUUCAGCACGCACUGACUAAAACGCUUGCUAAAGCGUGCAAACGUGAGAGAAGCUGUGCCGACAAUGACUUUCCACGUCUAUGAGAGCCGAAAGAAGAAAAAAAAUGUCUGUCUCGCUCAAUCUCACCAAGCACUGGUGGCCUCAUUUUCAUGCAAACAGUUGCUAAUUAGCACCAAACACAACUGAUGAAUGCAGAUCCUAAGGCACCAGACAAAAGCCAAUGCUGUCUGACGUAGUAAGAAGUAGCUUUAUUCUGCUCCACGCGACAGCAGAACAACCUGAACCAUUCAAUGGUAAAACACCGCGACCCGGCGGACCUUUGUGCAAGCAGGCUUAUAAAGCCUCAGUUUUUCAAGUUGCAACUAAAUCUACCAAUUUUUUUCAAUAAAAGUUUCAGCCCGAAAGGAUGGCCAUCUGAAAAAGGAAACUCAAUGUUCUAUUUUCACGUACGAUUGUGAUGAACAGCACAUAUUAUAAUGUACUCAUGUUUUACGGUAGCCCAGAAUGGCUUGACGAAAGGAAAAACUAAAUGUCUCAAGAAAAGGUCUUUCAGGAAACAGAAUGUAAUGUUUUGAGUUUGUCGCAAUCUUUCACCUCGUCACUAGAUGUCACUAAAUCUGUUUGGUUGCUCUUUUAGUCCUCCAAACCAAUUUCCUGUUGAAUUGAUGGUGACAACUUUCUGUUCCUGCUGGGAAUAGAAAGCAUCAGGCAGCAACUCUUCAAGUUUUUUUUUUUUUAAAGUAGGAAAUUAAUUAAGCAUUUUUGAACAGGAAAUAAAACCAAGUUAAAUAUCACACCAGAUAUUUUUCAAAUUAGACAUUGCAUUUGUAACUUGACUCCUCAAGUCGUCCUGCGUUCUUCAUCCGGUUUUGGGAUUUAAGAGAAUCUUGAGAAACUGAGACAUUUUGUAACAUCUGAUGAGAAAUAAAACCUCCGUCACAGGAGCUACAGACUGUGAUCGAUGCGCUCAGGUUGUCCUGAACCAGCUGUAGGUCUGCUGAGCAGAGGAUUAAUGUCUAUCUGAUUUUUGUUUUGUAUAGUAAAAUAGGAAACAGAAGGAACUGGAAUCCUAAUGGCCACGUUUGGGGAAGCAUUUUCAGGUUCAAAAGUCGUUUUCUAGAUCAUUGCAGCCCAACGGAUGAACGGUGCCAAAGUAUUCAUUCCUCUUGAGCUCUUUCCCACUUUGUCACAUUACAGCUGCAAACUUUGAACUAUUUUAUUAAGGAUCUGAUGAGAUACCAACACUGAGUAGUGUGUAGUUGUGAAGUGGAAGGCAAAAGAAACACAGAUUUAAGAAUUAUAUUAAAGUAAAAAUACAUCUUGCAGUGGGGCAUGCAUAUUUUUGCUGACAUUACAUCUGGGCCAUAAGUUUCCAUACAUAAAAAAAGUGAAUAUAUAAUAUAAAAGUAUGUCGCACCUAUUUAUAUCCACCACCUUAAAUUGCAAUAAAACGAAAAGUACGUUAGUGGUUCUUAUGCGACAAAAACGUGACAAAAGUCGCAAAGGGCGUGAAUAUUUUAAGGCACCGGUCUGGCAUGCACAUGAGGUGCUAUCCUGUGUCAGAACUUCACGGGUGUGCCUUCCCCCCCCAUUUGUACUAACCCUAAAACAUUUGUGAAACUUUGCUUCUUACUAAAUCAACUGCUUCAGCAGAGUCAACCGUGACAUCUGUGAUGCCAAACCUCAUCUGCUGCUGCGUGCUUUUUUUUUUUCUUUUUCCACCGUAAAAGGGCAACUUUUUUACCACCGGAAACCCUUUGGACGUACUGUAACCGUCACGAUCUUUAAAGGAAUAUUACACUUUUUUUUCUCUCUUUCUACUGAAAGAGAGAAACUGAAGCCAUGGUGGGCCACACGAUGACACAUGAAACAUCAGCACACAGUCAGCAUAACAACUCCACAGUGCGCAUGCGUUUUGACCAAGAAAGUUCAGCAAGUCACGUCACGUUCAGGGUGCUUUGCAAGAAUUAGCUGGUUGGUUUUUAAAGUAUAACUUCGAUUUAGCGACAAAUUCACGAUGUAACAUCGGAAUUCAAGGUGAAUAGUUUUUGUGUGGAAAACAUCGGCACAGAUCUAAUAAACACGACCUGAAGGUGUGCUUCUGAAGGAAACAGGGAUUUUACUCAGCGUGAAUGCAACACGGUUUCUUUAAGAAAAAAUAAAUGAAAUAUAGUUUAACACAGUUUAAGCAAACUAUGGGGACGCAGAUUUAUAUUACAACCUAAAUAAACUUUACACCCAGUCGCUGGGCGACACUCGGUGUUUUAUCUCCAAAUGUACAUACAUAUCUUCGUGUGAGUGUGUAUUGGUGUGACUGUGUGUUAUACAUUGAUCACAUCUCCAGAGGGGUUUUUCUUUAUCACUAUAAUAAUUUUUUGCCCUGUCUGAUCUGAGGUGGAAUGUCACGUUCAGUUUUAGUUGUAGUGCACCUGAAGUUUCUCUUCAGGAGAAUCUGACAAAUAGAAAAAAUAAAAUUGUCCUCAUUAUAAUUUCCAGACAAUAUGAUUAUCGGUUGUCACGGUUUUACGUCUCUUAUUGCCGCAUCUUACCACUUAUGCGAUUAUUUGAAGUAUUUAACAAGCCUCUGUAUUUCUCGUAUCUGUGACUCUUCAAUAAAAUCGGUGUCAACAUCG